AGACAGCGGACGAGCUUUCGCGAACCAUCACGGAUCUCGCGAGAUUGUGCAUGUGUGGUGUACUCUUCGCGUGUGUUUACAUCAAAAGAGCAACUUUGAACGGGAGAGCGUUUCCUUCUCUGUGUACGUUUUGGGCCGCUGGUCGAUCGAAGCGAAUCGUUUUGCCGUUCGAAUCCGACCGAGAGCGGAUAGAAAAUCGACUCGCGGUUUUGCGUUGGAAGUAUGGAAGAGUGGUCGGCGAAAGAACAGUGAAUUCGUGAAGUUAUUCGUUUGUGGUGGACUUUUCGGUGGAGUGAUAAAAGUGUGGUGUUUUCCGUGAUAAGAGUGUAUUAGCGCAAAAUUCUCAUUUGGAAAGGUCCAUCCACUAGCUUGCUCUUGCUUGGCAGACAUGUUUUGCUAGACAAACGCGAAGGUUCUGUUUUCGUGUCGCGCGCGCGGAGAGAUAAGAGAGGUUCUUCGGUCUGAUUGACUGGCUGAUGGGAUUAUAGUGAACGACUAGGAAGAAGAACAAGAAGAGCAGCGACGGACAGACGGACGGAUUGCCUGUGAAAUCUGUGUCGGUACCCUAGACCAAGUCGAAGAAGUAGGAACCAGUAGUGAAAAGGGAGACGAGCCGUCGUCGGAUCAGAACGGAACGGAUUUCGACCGAUUUCGACGUCUGUGAUGAAGAAGAGUGAAGUGUAAUGCCAGGGGAGCAGGAGUGAAUUUCGCGAAACACAAGACAGGAUGAACAGAAAAUAGAUUCGGUUGCAGUGAUUUUCGUCCGAAUCCGGAGUGCAAAAAUUUCUCACCAGUGAGGGCCCCGAAUUGUGAAUGGGUCGAAGAAGCAGAAGUUGUGUUGAUUGACGCAAGGUCACAGGACGUUCCCCUAGAAGAAGCCUGAGAAGGGCAUUUAAAUCAACCGGAAGGCAAAGGUGCUGUGUUUCCAACUCUGGGAGAUUUCUGGGGAAUGGUUGCCUUUCGUGACUGGAAAAUGGCUUUGACGAGUGUUCCGGAUAGAAUCGAUUGAAGCUUGGUGCGUCGCGGACGCGGGGUCACUCUCCGGGACCUUAACCGUUGUCGUCGUCAUCGGAAAACGAGUGGAAGACAAAUAAAUAAAACGUUGCGUAAGUGUGGCUCUCUUCUUCACCGCGCCCCGCAGUUGUGUUUUUCGGUUCCGUCGGAUUUCGGACCACCGUCGUUUCGCGUUUGUGUGUUUCAUUUUCGGACGAAAACGUGUACUACGCCGCUCUGUCAUCGUCGUUGCGGCCGCCGUCUUUCCGAGAGAAACAGAAGCAGCAGGAGCGGAAGCGCAGGAAUCGCCGCCACCAGAAAAGUGGAGAAAGCGCGAAAAUCUGAAGUUCGAAUUUGAAGCCGCAAAGUGUUCCGAAGAAUUAAGAGAAAUUAAGAGUGGCCAAGGUCUGUGUCUUGCGCGGCUUGCUUUCACGUGAUUGGAAUGUAAAACCCCAGAAGAUUUCUUCGCUGUGAAAUGUUCGCAAAGUGUUGUAUCGUCAAAGUUAUGGAAGAAUCGGAAUCGUGAAGCAAUCGAAGAAGGAAUACCAUUUCGAAGAAAAAAAAAUGUGUUUGUGUUAAACGAGAAAAGAUCAUUAUUGAAAAGAGAAUCUAUUUAUAAGAAAGCUUGUUAUUUUCGCGCUCGGCCUGUCUCCUCGGACGCGACUAGCGGAGAGCGCUAGCAGAUCUACUUGGUGGCAAACACAGCAACGGAUAAAAACAACACCAUGACAGAGUACGUCCCGCCACAGCUGAUCACGGUUUUGAAAACCUACCAGGACAAUGCACCGAAAGGCCUGCACGGUCCCGGCCUCUCGCUGGUGCACCCGAGCAAGGGCGGCCCCUCCACCAGCAGCAGUGCCACAGUUCAGCGUCCGGAUUCUCCGGACAAUCCGGAAGAUUCCCUGAUCGCACCGCCCAUUACCGGGCCCCUUCCGAUGCCAUCGCACCCCAUUAUGACAACCCCCGAUCCGGACUGUGGCGUAGUGCAACUCACCAUCCUCGAAGGCAAGAAGAUUGGUUGCUUCCUGUUGGGCGGCGAAAUGCGACUCUGCCUGCCGCAGAUUUUCAACAACAUCCUGAUGGACUUUUCCGUCGAGCAAAUCAAUCGCUCCAUCCAGGAGCUGAUGAUCUAUCUGUACAACUGCACCGAUCAGCAGCUGCAAGAGUUCAAACGGGUCAACAUCAUCCCGGACACGGCCAAAACGUGCGGUCUGAUCACGCGUACCAACGCGGAGCGGCUCUGCAGCUACAUGCUCCAUCAGGCGGACGACACCCGCAACAUCAAGGGGGCGACCUCGUUCCGGGUGUACCACCGGUGCUUCGGCAAGUGCGAAGGCGAAUUCACCCCAGCCCUGUACAGCUUCAAGGAGCCCGCCUGCAUCCGGUGCCGCGUCUGUCAGGGAAUGUUCUCGCCGCAGAAGUUUGUUUGCCACCAGCACGACCGGCAGGAGAUCCGCACCUGCCACUGGGGGUUCAACUCGAGCAACUGGCACGCGUACAUCCACGUGGCCCUCGACGAGCAGAAUCGGGAGGCAUUCGCGAAGAUUUUGGAGCAGAUCUGGCACCAGGAGCAGGACUUGGAGGAGGAACUGCAGGAGCAGGAAUACUGGAUCGCCAAAAGAAAGGGCAUCGACGAGACCAACCCGCUGAUGGCGACGAUCAAGACCGAACCGCUCAGUGACAUUCCACUCAAGAAACCAAAGCUAAUCAACGAGGCCAGCCUGUUCCACAGCGCCCGGCAGCUCAAUUCGGCAUUUCGGCCGUGGCAGAGAGCACAACUGUACGCCGCACACCAGCAGUAUAUGCUAGCGAUGGGGGAUUCAACGGCAACGGGAUGAUGAACGGGGGGUAAUGGUGCGAUCGGUGCAACGGGUUCCCCCGGAGGACACCUGGCGCUUAGUCAGGAGCCUCCGGAACUGCAGAAUCCGGAAAGUGUCGUUCGGUUAUCGGAGAGCGACAAGUUCGAUCUGAGUUUGCAGCCCAAUGUGGCCCUGGCUCCCCGCAAGACGAUACUUUGCAAAGAGCGCGAACGGGAAAGGGAGCGGGAGCGGGAAAAAGAACGAUCGGUAAUAAAAUGUGAUGUACAAAUCAAACAGGAGAGUCCACCGACACCGCCGGCAGAAGUGAUACCCCCGUCCGUGAUAAAGAUCAAAAAAGAACGACCCUCGACGCCCCCGAUGGAGAUGUCUCCCGGACUCCGGGUACCUUCUUCGCCAAGGUCGCCCCCUCCAUUGCCAUUGGUAGGGACUCCCCUGCUCGGAGGAGUCCCGAUCAAAACCGUUCCAUUGCCAUAUAGUCCCGGAGCGGAUAUGCAUCACUCCGGCUCCAACGAAAUCACUUCAUCCACCUCACCUGUACCUCCUGCGGUCAACAUGACCAUCAUGAACGGUUGCAUCUCAGAAAAACCAAAGCUACUGGUCAAAGAGCAGAUAAGACCUCCAUCGCCCCGAAGGACGCCCACCCUCAACGAAGAAAUGCUUCACCAUCGAUCUCAUCCAGCACCUGCAGUUAUACUGAAAAAUGGUGGAAUCUCAAUUGGGCCACCGGGGGGUGCACCUAUCGUGGGAAACCCAGAGUUUGAGCUGUCCACCGAUACCGACGACGACAGCUUAGCUGGCGAACCAGACAGCAGCAAUAUCUCGAUGGCCCCUCUCGAAAUCCUCGGCGAUGUAAUGAAAGACGUCGCCCAUGAAACUCGAGAACAGCUCAUGAGCAUUUUCAAACUACUCAUCCAAGAAACGGCACAAAUCCGGAAUCGGUUACUACAGGAUAACAAGCAAAAGGACGAUUUAAUAGCGGGGCUCCAUCGCGAAAAGGAAAGUUUGCAACUGCAAGUGCACCAUCUUCAGCAACAGCUGAACCGAUCUCUCAUCAAAAUGGCCACCUCGGAGUCCAACUCCUUGCAGCACCAGCACCACCAGCAGGACCUGGCCAUUGCUGCCAGUGCGAAUGCUGGUGUGGCCAGUGGCUCCGCCCCUUCAUCGACACCACCCUCACCUCUCUCGUUAGCUUCCAACGGCAGCAACAGCCAAAUCGUGAUCGAGAAGAUCGAACGAAGGAACAGUUUUCCGCAGAAAUCCGACGUCAUCAUGAAACCGCUGAAGAAAUGCCUGCGCCGAAGUCCUGACGAUUCAGUGUUGCAUACGCUACAAUCACCACCACCUCCUCCCCCGCCAGUAGCACCUCCAUCGACAAUUCCAGUCGCCAGUCUGUCAAUUAGUGCCACCAGCAUGAAGCUAGAUCCAUCCAUACACGACGAAGACGAGGACGAAGAUGAUGACAAAUCCCCACAGCAACAACAACCGAUCGAUUCUCCGCUGCUGGCCAACGGUGUGGUCUGCGGAGUGAUAGCAUCGCCCUCGCCACGACCACCAUCCAGGCCAGCGUCAACGGCUUCGACGGCAUCCAACGGCUCCACAAGCUCAGUGCCCCCGGUGCUAGAAAACGGUUCCAGUGGCGGCAGUAUCAAAUCCGCCAACAACGUGAGCCACGAGGUCAUCAAAAGUGCUAAUAACUGAUAGUUCAUCAUCUACCUUUGAUAAAAAGGGCCAAUACGUACAGAGAUUGAGAGCGCGGAUAAGCUCUCUUGCGUUUUGUUUUAAUCGUCAGAUUGUGCGCAGUGUUCCGUCUCCCCAAAACACGCAGGUUGAUGUUACGAGACUUCAGGGCGCACUGACGGUCUCGGGGAAACGCAUCCAAACCAGUUCGAUCCGUACUCAAACACCUUUUCUUUUUAAGUACUGAUCACCCACGGCGGUGGGUGAUCGCACUCGUGCAUUGUAAAGUAGAAAUUUUUAAGCUUCAUUGUCGAUAUUUUUCCCACCAAAUAAUUUCUGUUUGUUUAUUUUUAGGCGAAAACAACAAACCUUUAUAAGCUUAGAUUGUAAGGCCAUACCGUAAGCCAACUGCAAAGAAAUUACAAAGCAAAGCAAACAAAACUGAUACAAAUUUGAAGAGCAAACGCAAAACAAACAAGUGUAAGAAGAAGUUUACAAAUUCUUGUUCGCAUGAAACAAAAAUCGAUUUACAUUCAUAAUUUAACGUAGUUGUUCGUUGAAAACAAAAGGUAACCAUUUCAUACAUAAGCAUAAACAAACAAAAAAGAGCUGAAAGUAAAAGACUAAUGUGUUACAAACAAACAAAAAACCUUAGUCAAGUCGAAACAAGCAAAGCGAAGAACAAAUUAACACAAAGUCGAAAACGAAAAAAAAUAACACUUGCAAGAAAUUAUAGGGGUAGAAGAACCGAUUAAGAAGUACUCAAAAAUAUUAUUCUCAACCACUAAGUGGUUUUCAAAGUCUUGCGUAGUGUCUUGUAUAAAGAUUAAGUUUAUUUUAAAACAAAAUCGAACGUUCUACUAGUAGCGCAACGCCCUUACUCUAGUGUAAAUAGUCAGCUGUGUAAAAAGAAAAGAUAAAACAAGUUUUGUGUUCUUUCAAACAACGUUUUUUUUAGUUCUUUACUCUUAGUGGUCAGUCAAACUCACCUCUCAUCUACACUCAUGUAAUUUCUACGAUACCAAGUACACACUAUCGUUUUUUAUUAGUUUUUUUUUCUACAUAACUUAUCCAUAAAAACGCAUCAUUUUCUGCCAUUUUUUGGCAGAAGAACCAUCACUGUACAUUGUUUAAAUAGUUUUUUUGUUUCCUUAAUAAAUUUGCCACGACAAACCAGGCAUUCAAAAUGCCUCUUACUAUGUUUAGAAACGAAACUCAUUUACACGCAAACGUUUAAGUAAUAAACAAGAAGAAAGAGAGAGAGAGAAUAAAAAAGCAAAAAAAGUAACGUAAUCGCUUUUCAAAAAAGUGUUCACCUUUUAAAAUAUGUUUGGUUUAAAAAAUCGAACUACGUACUCCUUAUUUUGAAUAAAAAAAACUGUCUCUAAGUAACGACUACUACAAUCUAAAAACAACACACAGCAACA